AAUAAUAAUAAUAAUAAUAAUAAUAAUAAUAAUAAUAAUAAUAAUAAUAAUAAUAAUAAUAAUAAUAAUAAUAAUAAUAAUAAUAAUAAUAAUAAUAAUAAUAAUAAUAAUAAUAAUAAUAAUAAUAAUAAUAAUAAUAAUAAUAAUAAUAAUAAUAAUAAUAAUAAUAAUAAUAAUAAUAAUAAUAAUAAUAAUAAUAAUAAUAAUAAUAAUAAUAAUAAUAAUAAUAAUAAUAAUAAUAAUAAUAAUAAUAAUAAUAAUAAUAAUAAUAAUAAUAAUAAUAAUAAUAAUAAU